AUGCACUGGAUACUACCAUUACUUUACUUUACCACUUCACUAUUGACUUUGAUCUCGCAUGCCGCUGAUAUCUAUGAAAAUAACGGGAUACCCAAUUGUACCAAGCCUCCGGGCGAUGCUAUGAAUCUAAAUCCGGUCGCUAUGAGAGAUCAACUACGCUUUGCAGUAAUUGCCCAUUAUUCGAUCCUAUCCACUUUUUUCCACAGUCCAGAACAAGCCGCACGGGAUGCAGCAGCGAUUGUCAACGUUGAUAUUGAAUGGCAGCGUCAUAUCGUGAACACGGGUGAAACAAUGGCUCAAGAUAUCGUUGAUGCCGUGGAUCGGAAUGUGGAUGCGUUGAUUGUUACUAUCCCUGAUGAGGCCGUCUAUCAAGCGGUGGAACAUGCCAUGUCGAAAAACGUGCCCGUGAUCGUAUUCAAUUCAGGCCUUCAAUAUGCACAACAGCUUGGAUUGACACGUGUGAUGCAAGAUGAUGUCGAAGCAGGGCACAUGUUGGCGCGUGCAUUGUACAACCGAAAUUACACUCGGCCCUUGUGCGUCCAUAUUUCAUCCCAGAAUGAUCUCGAUCAACCUGUCAUUGAUAAUCGCGUUCAAGGCAUCACUUCCGUAUUCGGAUCAACACCCACCAUGAUGACCGUUUAUAAAAAUGACAAUCAACAACAAGCCCUCAAUACCAUCAGGCAGUCCUUAAUGUCCAACGAAUUCGAUUCGAUCAUUGCCAUGGGUGGCACCCCAACGACCGAUCUAAUGACGGAGGCAAUGUUUGGGAUGGAUCCAAAGGAUAAGCGGAUUGGUAUUGGAUUCUUUGAUUUGGGAAGCACCAACCGGACCGAGCUUUUUCAUGCAUGGCCAGAUGUAUAUGGGAUCUCGCAAUUACCUUACAUACAAGCGGCGUUACCCGUGUUUCUUAUGCAUCUACGGGUUAUUACAGGAUUUGACCCCUAUGUCAACAGGACAAUCCCAACAGGGCCGACGCUCAUUACCAAAGAAAACGUUGAAGCACUAGCCGCCAAGGAUGGAUCAAGGUUCUUGUCAACCCCUGAUAACGAUAACACCACCAUUGGCACUGUGAUCCCUGACGUCCAAGGUGACACUUAUCAAUCGAAUGUCAUUGCCGGCAUGACCGAGCUUGCCAGAAGAUUAGGUUGGAAGAUCCAAUCAUCACGCGAGGAUGGGACUUAUGGAUAUCCAGAUUCGCUCAAGCUACAUAUGAAACAAUUUGCUGACGCUGGUGUGAAUGGCAUCGUUUUACAAUCAAGCGACGUCUCGGUGGUGAAUUAUGCACGCAACUUGAGCCAACAGCACUCGAUUCCAUUGACUGUAUUUGGUACCUUUUACGAGAAUCCCGUCAGCGGCAUUGUGGAUGAGAUAACAUCCAUGGUCAAUUCGAUUUCCUUCAACAUGACUACCCUCACUCACAGCAUAGCCGGUGUCAUGGUCAAAGACAACUUAAAGACCCCAACUUGCUUUCAAACGCAUACACGAACGCAAGACGACUUUUUUUGCGCCCUACUCUACGACAUGUACCAACAAGCCCAUGGCAACACCUCAUCGUUACCAAGCAAGGACAACUUUAUUCAUUCAUUGAACCUGACAACAUCCACGACCAUGGAAGUCGAAUUUGAGACCAUCAAUUCCACACUUCGUGCAAAGGGCUAUAUUCCGGAUGCUUAUAUAACGCUUUCAGAGUACAUUUUCAAUGUCAUGGACUAUAGCAUCCUUCGAGGCAUGAUGUAUAAUGGUAGUGCUAUCUACAUUGCCGAUUCCUUGUUGGAUCAAAAGGAAGCUUUUUUAAAUGGACGAGCAACCAGAGUAUGGCAUCUCAACAUGUAUGCAAUGGGCUAUCUUUCUAUCCUCGACAUCCUUCUAGCUCGAUCUUCUCAGUAUCGUCCAUGGCGUGUCGUUCCCUUGGAUACACCCAUUGUGGAUACAAUCUGCCCAGCUGGGACGUACUACUUUGAAGCUGCCAAUUUCCCAUUUUGCUAUGAUGAGAACCACACGGCCAUUAUUCCAGGAAUGCAAUGUCUACUUUGUGAACCGAAUACUUUUAAUGAUGUACCAAACCAGCCUGCAUGUACCCAAUGCCCAGUGGGUGAAUUUUCAGCGCAAGGUGCUACACAGUGCAAGUCAUGCAACGAUGAUCCAGCAGCUGGUGACAAUGCUUAUUGUGUUGGCUAUCUGGCAGACCAACAACAUCGAGCAAGAAAGACCUACAUUGCUGUCUUUGUGCCUCUUUCUAUAGUGAUCUUUUUGGUAUUGGUGUCAUUGUGCACAUGGUAUUGUUGGCGUCGACAAAAGAAGCGUAAAUUGAUACGCAACCAGGAACCUGAAAACGUAUGGCUCUUGUCCUAUGAUGAACUUAUGCGCCCCUCAAUGCAACAUUUGUCGUCUGUGCCAUCCCCUUCGCUCCAUUUAUCGGGUGGUACGGGCACAUCACCCACAAUAGGCCCUUUGGUUGCAGCUCCUGUGAGAUGGUCCAAUGGAAGCGAGAGACAAUUCAUGUUGCCACCGCAUAGCGAUAUCAACACUACUACCACACCACGAGAGCAACAAGAAAAGCAGCAGCAGCAGCAGCAGCGAAAUGAGAAUCGAGAUUCAUUGAAUCCCAAUGAUCCCGCUUUGUUGGCUGGAUUUCCUUCAGCAUCCAUACCUCACAAUGAUGUCUCUGAAGAUGAAACAAUGACUGUGCCUGUCAAAGAAAGACUAAGCAAGGAUCAAAAAGAUGAUGACAAUCAAUCAAAUCAUCCAAAUGAUGAGGAUCAGGAUUAUUUUACGGCAACCUCGCCACAAGAAAGUUCUCGGCAAGUAUUGCUCUUCUAUCCAGGAAAACAGCCAAAGCCAUUACGUCGUAUCAUUGGAUUCCAUCGCAACUUGCCUGUCUUUGUCAAGCAAAUUGGUUUCAAGCGAUUGCAUAUUGAUGCGGUUGCUCAACACGAAUUAUCUCUGAUGAAGGUUGCAAGGCAUCCGAAAUUGGUGGAGUUUAUUGGUUUAUGUCUUGAACCCGAAGGAACAUUCAUCGUGGAAGAAUAUUGCAGCAAGGGCACGUUGUAUGAUGUUGUCAACAAUCCUGAUAUCGGCCUUACAUGGAUCUUUAAGUUUUCAUUGAUCAACGAUUUGCUUGAAGGAAUGGAGUUUUUGCACCGCUCCAAAUUCAUGUUUCACGGCUGUCUUACAUCGCAAUCAUGCUUUAUUACCGGACGAUGGGAACUCAAGAUUAGCGAUUAUGGGCUUGACAAGGUGCGACAAUCUCAAUAUGACCCAACCUUGAUGCAUUCAUUAGGAAAGCAAUUUCCACAGCUUUCCAGGACUUCCCGCAUCUUGCCAAAUCACCUCCCAGGAACCACCCAUAAACAAGAUACCCAGCCCAUGAUCAUUGUUCCUCACAAUGAAAACCUCUUGUGGCUCGCACCCGAAUCCGUGGUGUGUGAUGAUUCCAAUGUAUGCUUGACAAAACCAAGUCGAAGAGCGGAUGCUUACAGUGUUGGUGUGAUCAUCAAUGAAAUUGUAUCAAGACAGCAGCCAUUCAAGAAACAACUUGAGGACAUGUCCGUCAAUGAGGUCUUUGCUCAUGUCGAAAAAGAUUACUUGUUGCCGGACAUGGCCCCUUCAGACGCAGAUGAAUACACAGCCAAGAUGAACAUGAUUAUUGCCGAAUGCUUUCGACGUGAUCCUGCUGCUCGGCCAUCCAUGACCAUGCUAAGGAAUCGUAUCAAGUCAAUCGAUCCCCAUUUGACAAGUGCCAAUAAUAACGUGGUGGAUAAUUUGGCUACUUUGCUUGAGCAAUAUGCAAAUGACAUGGAAAAUCUUGUCCGGCAACGUACAGCCAAUCUGCAACAGCGAACUUUGGAGCUUGAGGAAGAAAAAGCAAGAACCCAAAAUUUGCUUGAAGAUCUCAAGGAAGCAAAAGAGGUAGCUGAAGCAGCAGCAGCGUCAAAGCAAAACUUUUUGGCCAACAUGUCUCAUGAAAUCCGCACGCCCAUGAAUGCGGUGAUUGGCAUGUCACGUAUCUUGAUGGAGAGCAACUUGCCAGCUGAUUUGCAUGAUUGUGCUGAAACUAUUGAAUCAUCAGGCAAUCACUUGAUGGCCAUCAUUGACGAUAUUCUUGACUAUUCAAAGAUUGAUUCUGGCAAACUUAGCUUGGAACAUCGUCGUCUUGACUUGACGUAUGUUGUGGAAAGCGCCCUUAAGCUUGUAUCACCCAAUUUCUUGGACAAGGGGAUUAUCUUGUGGUAUACCAUUGAAGGCGAUGUUGCGACAUCUGUUUACGGUGAUGUAGUACGUUUACGUCAAGUUUUGCUUAAUCUGCUAUCCAAUGCAUUGAAGUUCACAAGUGAAGGUCAUGUUUGCGUUUGUGUGAAGCGACUUGCCGAGUCUCCUGAUUCUUCUGAUGCCUAUUGGUAUGAAAGCAGCGACAAUGAGAACUCGGAGCCAGGAUGUCAGUUUUCAGAUGGUACAAGUGAUGUGAGUCCCACGCGUAUAGAAACGUUGCAAGUGGCCGUCAAGGAUACAGGUGUUGGAAUUCGACCCGAGAAAACAGGUGGUCUUUUCCAAACAUUUUCUCAAGUCGAUGCUUCCACCACACGUAAUUAUGGAGGCACAGGUCUUGGCCUUGCUAUUAGUCGACGGCUUUGUCGAAUGAUGGGUGGUGAUAUGUGGGUCGAAUCCGAAUAUGGCAAAGGAUCCACUUUUUAUUUUCGAGUACUGUUACGGGAGCAAAGCUCGACACCUACGUAUGCCAUCCAAAACCGAUUUGAUGAUAUUGCACGACUAUGCUCCUAUUGCUUGGUUAUUACCGAUUCUGUGAGUCAACAGCAAUGUUGGUAUCAUCUCCUCACAAGGACAACUAUCCAACGCGUGGAGACGUUAUCAUUUGCUGAUGCAGAGGAGCUACUAAAGCAUGAUCGGCCCGACGUUAUCAUUAUCGAUGAGGAAUACGAAAUAGUCCCAGCUGUUGAUGAGACCCAAGCAACCAGUAGCAAGAUUGUACUUGAUGCAUUACGUGCGCGCAAUCCAUCCAUUGUAUCCAUCCCAGCGCUUUAUGUCAGUGACGCUCGUCGACGCGAUAAGGUUGAAACAUCUUACACUACAGCGCCUAUGCUCUUGCCUACCAAAUCCUUGGCGAUUGAUUCACCACGUGAUGAGCGUCGUAAUCCGUUUGACGAUACUACCACUACGACUACGGCUGAUACGACUGGUAUAACACGAUUCAUUAUCAAGCCAUGGAAAAACUCCAAGCUCUUUGCUGUGCUAUUGGAUUUGCUUGAGCACAAGGAUGAUACUGAAACAAUGGCAGUUGAAUCACCUUCAGCUGAAUCUUCAAACACUACCACAACGGCCCAUGAGCCAUUGUCGGGAUCCAAGGUUUCAGCAGCAACCGAAAACACACUUCGCAUCAAACGUCGUGGUCGAUCCAAUACGACAGCUAGUAGUAUUUCAAGCCAAUCAUCUACGAGCUCUGCAGUGCCGCUCUUAUCUGAAAUUGCAAGUGAUAUACGUUCCUUGUUAGUGGAUGACAACCCGGUGAAUCAAAAAGUCGUGGCUCGCAUGCUAUCACGAUUGGGCAUCAAGCCUGAAGUGGCACAAAAUGGCAAGGAAGCAUGUGACAAGAUUGAAGCUUCGAGGAAAAAAGGCGAACCCAUUGAUUUGGUGUUUAUGGAUAUUUGGAUGCCGGAAAUGAAUGGACUUGAAGCGGCAGAGACGAUACGUAAAAGCUUGGCUGAUUCCUCAUUACACCCAUACAUUAUUGCUAUGACAGCUUGUGUCAUGCCUGGGGAUCGCGAGAAAUGCAUUGCUGCAGGUAUGAAUGGCUAUGUGAGUAAACCUGUACGCAAGGACGAACUUGAAGCCUCGAUCCACACAUAUACCCAGAUUCUGGUCAAGGAAAUGCACAUGUUUGAGUCAGAGAGUGAUUCGGAUGAUGAUGAUGAUCGCACACCAACACCCUCCUCUCCCUGUUCCCCUGCUCUUCUUCCUUCAGUCACCAUCACAUCAGAAGAUACGGAUCAUAUCCCAUAG